AACAACAUUACAGGUGAAGUGGAGUGCACGUCCCAGCAAGAGGCCGCAACAUCACGCAGCACACUGCACCUCCAAAAUAAGCGCCAAUCGCCUGAUCACCAUUGUCUUUCGACUGCUGCGCAAAAUCCCUCUUCACGAGAUCUCUUUCCCCAUAUCUUCUGUGUCUUCCAAUACAAUGCCCCAGACGGCAAACGUGGAGCAAAACUCCAAGCCCCAAAAUCACCACAACACUGCAUCGACUGACACACAAGGUUCGAUGCCGUCCACGAUGUCACCGACUUCUGCACCGAACCCCGAGUAUUUCGGGGAGGUACAGUCUAAAUGGCCUGAUUUCUCGCCCGCAAGUCAUUGGACACCACGAUUAUUAUGGUCAAGUAAUGCGCAUCCGACUGCGGACUCGGCGAAAUAUCAAACACAGCGUAAAAUUGUCGACCUCGACACUGGUGUGCGAUCCGACAAUUUAAUGGCGAAAAAACUGCAGCAAGAAGAGGCCAACCCUGCUUCUAACAUGACACCGCAAGCCCAAUCUCUAUACCCCCCUUCUCCCUUUAUUACAUUGAGCAAACGUCAUGCCCACUCGCCAUUCGAAAAUCCUUCUGCGACUCCUGAUGAGAUUGAUUACUUCACCGAGAGACGCAAUUUUAGAUUGAAACAUGCAAUGGAAGAGGAUGGAUGCGGAAUGAUGAGCUGUUCUGCGCCUCCAACAAUGUUGACAAAAAUUACUGGAGAGGUUUGGAAAGAGCUGCCACCGACUUUGGACACUAAAACUGGAUCAUUGGUGUUGGAUAGCCAAUCUCAGACAACGGUUGGACUUCGAGAAGCCCAAGAAGUCUACGAUCGCGAUAGGUAUGAAUCCUACGCUGCUCGAGCUAUCGGCCUUGAAACUGGUUAUCGUUACGAUCAACUUUUACGGGCAAAACUCGACAAACCCUCAUCACAAGGUCAAUCCGCCCCUACAUCCGAGCACUCUACCCAUUUCAGCCGCACUGAUCUUGGCGACUGGACAACACGUAAUCACACUACGAUGCCCACUCCAUCUCCUUAUCAGUUGACUACUGAUCUUCAGCAAAUGCGCACUUACUUCCCUCUUUUGCCCCAUUCAGCCGUUCCGCCAGUGCCCCCACUCAAUGAGCAGCUCGCUGCGGCUGAGUGGCAGCUGCCUGUGGUUUUAUCUCAUACUGACUAUUUGCCUUCACCUCAAGCUUUCCUUGAUGUGUCUGUACCUGCCGUAAAUCAUCCAGCAUCUAUAUUCAGUCCUUUUGCUGGCGAACUUCCUGCUGUACCUCAACCAGUCAUUCCUCAUCCUCCGCGUAUGGCGCCUUGCGUCGCCCAAGUCCCUUCUGAAAAAUCCAUCCCUCCAACGGCAGAUCAGCUCCGAGACUGCUCGCAGAUCCAUAUUCACCCCGAUUUGGUCGCUCCUCUCCCGUCCCAUCCCAUUUUUUUUUCAAAGGUUGUAUCGACACACGGAGAACUUCAAGUCUCCUAUGGAAUCUCGGCGUCUGAGGAUAAGGCUGGCCAGUAUCAUUCUAUUUCAGCAACAAACGAUGGAAACCAUCCUCCUCCAAACUAUAUAAACGGCUCUUAUCCAUCGCCAUCACCCCAUCACGUGCCACCACCUGUCAUGACCAGCCACCGACAUUCUUUCUCGGUCCCUGGCCAAGGGUUCUACCGGAAUGAUACCUCACCCAUCCUCAAGAUGCAUGCCCAUCAGACGGAAGGUAUGCAUCUUAUAGGGGUGGACGUGCCUCAUCCCGCCCCACAGUACUCCUAUAAUCCUCUGGAAGAAGGAUUGACGUCUGUGCCGCCUUUACCCAAGAAGAAGCGAGGAAGGCCUAGGCGGUCUACUUAUCCCAACGAUCUGGUAGAGAAGCGCAUUGGCGAGGGCAGGCAGGAGAGCAGACCAGAGGAAUGCAGUGGUCAGGAAGGGCUUGAAUUUGGCAAGCGGUUCUUACCAAAAACUGCGAUUGCAUGCAACUUUUGUCGACUCAAGAAACUCAAAUGCAAUGGUCAAAGGCCCGCUUGUUCACAUUGUAAACGACGGAGUGAUAGUGAAUGCGUGUACCAAAAGGCUCCCAACGGACGUCGAUCAAGUAGACAAAGAAGGCAAAAGGAAGUAAAUCGUGAUAUCCCUUUUACGUCGAACGUCUUACUACCUUCGACUGGCCGAUAUUCCGAAAAACCUAUGCGCCAGGUAUGGGCAGAGAGCUAAGGAGAACUGUCAAGCAACUCUGCAUGGGAAGAGGAGGAAGGCGGGGAUAACGAAAUUCUGGCGCAAGUGCCAGGACAAGUAUUUGAGCGGGCGAGGUCCGGUGCUUCACUCAUACUAGCGAUAACGAUGGCUAUCAUUAUUAUGAAUUAAUGCGCGAAUGUCGUGCUACGGAAUUUCCGGCAGAAGCGGCCCGGAGAAGCGGACCGAGAUUCCAGACGAGCAUGAUGAGGGGACGAGACCAAAAAAAGCAAGUGAAAAAACAAAAUUGCCGCUGGGUGGGGCACAGAAGAGGGACUAUCAUAAUUGAAGCUUUUUAUUAUUAUUUUGUACCGUCUGUCACGAUUUUUUUUGAUAGUUGUAUGAUUUAUGUUUUCUCAUAGUGAUAUCAUGGUUGAUGUUCUUC